AUGGCAGUUACUUUCAAAACAAUGCUAGGUCGGGUCAAGGAUGUUUGCAAAAGGAAUGGUUUACUCAUUCUCUCAGUGUUAUCUGUCAUAGUGGGAUGUCUUCUUGGAUUCUUUCUGAGGACAAGGCACCUUUCUUCCCAGGAAAUUAGUUAUUUCCAAUUUCCUGGAGAAUUAUUGAUGAGAAUGUUGAAAAUGUUGAUUCUGCCUCUGGUUGUUUCAAGCCUGAUGUCAGGACUAGCAGCUCUGGAUGCUAAAACAUCUAGUCGAUUAGGCAUCAUUACAGUCACUUACUAUCUGUGGACUACAUUUGUGGCUGUGAUUGUGGGAAUCAUUAUGGUCUCUAUUAUCCAUCCUGGUGGGGCAGCCCAGAAAAAAGACACCCAAGAAGGUGCGAAGCCAAUAAUGAGUUCUGCAGAUGCAUUGCUGGAUCUAAUUCGGAACAUGUUUCCUGCCAACCUUGUGGAAGCCACUUUUAAACAGUAUCAAACCAAAACCAUUCCAAUUGUCAAAGUGAGCAAAACAUCAUCUGAAAGUAUUAGUCGAAUUAUAAUCUAUGGUGUGCAAGAUGAAAAUGGAUCCAACAUCCAGAAUUUUGCUUUGGAUAUUACACCACCACCAGAAGUGAUUUAUAAAUCAGAGCCAGGAACUAGUGAAGGCAUGAAUGUGUUGGGAAUUGUAAUAUUCUCUGCUACCAUGGGUAUAAUGCUGGGCAGAAUGGGCACCAGUGGAGUUCCCUUGGUGAGUUUUUGCCAGUGUUUAAACGAAUCGGUCAUGAAGAUAGUGGCUGUGACUGUAUGGUAUUUUCCAUUUGGAAUAGUGUUUCUUAUUGCUGGUAAGAUUUUGGAAAUGGAUGAUCCCACAGCCAUUGGGAAGAAACUAGGAUUUUAUGCUGGUACAGUACUUUGUGGAUUAUUCGUUCACGGACUCGUUAUUUUGCCAAUGAUGUAUUUCUUCAUCACCAAGAAGAACCCUGUUGUCUUUAUCAGAGGCAUUCUUCAAGCACUGCUUAUUGCUCUGGCCACAUCAUCCAGUUCUGCCACUUUGCCUAUAACUUUUAAGUGCUUAUUAGAGAAUAAUCAUGUGGACCGGAGGGUUGCUAGGUUUGUGCUCCCAGUAGGGGCUACAAUCAACAUGGACGGAACAGCCCUUUAUGAAGCAGUAGCAGCUAUUUUCAUCGCCCAAGUAAACAACUAUGAACUUGAUUUUGGACAAAUCAUUACCAUAAGCAUUACGGCAACAGCUGCCAGCAUAGGAGCUGCUGGAAUCCCACAGGCUGGCCUUGUGACCAUGGUCAUCGUUUUGACAUCAGUGGGGCUGCCUACAGAUGACAUCACUCUAAUAAUUGCAGUUGAUUGGGCUCUGGACAGAUUUCGGACAAUGAUCAAUGUCCUGGGCGAUGCUCUUGCUGCUGGAAUAAUGGCACAUAUUUGCAGAAAAGAAUUCACUGCAGAAAGAUCUGAGAUGCCCUUGAUUGGAGAAACAAAACCUGUUAGUAUCCACAAAAUUAUUGCUUAUCAGAAGAAUGGCUGUGUGAAGUCCAUAAAUAAAAUGCGUGGACCUGAAGCAGUCAAAACAACACUGCAUCACUUACCUAUUCAAGUGGAACAAGAAGAGAAUCACUCAGAACAUUACACAGAGAAACCCAACAAUAAAGACCACUGUACUAUUGAAAUCAGUGAAUUGGAAACAAAUGUGUAAGUACAGUUAAAAGUCCUAAAAGUAUCUGAAAACAAAAGAAUAUCCUGUAAAUGAAGCUGGGACAUGGCCUGCUUCUUCAAUGGCAAGGCAUGCAAUGACUGUUAUUCCUGAACUGAGGUUAUAAGAUAGCUGUGGACAUCUGUGAAGACAGAAGGCUUCAUGGAAGAUGGUUUCCAUUGGUUGUCUGGGUUAGUAGAAAGGAAUGAAUCACUGGACAACUUCUGUUUAUGCUGGGCAAACAAAUAUGGUGAUGUUUCUAAGAAGAAACCUUCUGAUCCACUGAAAUGAUUUCUAAUAAAUCACCUUGUCUUUGUUUUUCUAAUUACAAUGAAUAUACCAGAAAUUCAUUCCUGUUCUAUGAUCCUUAGUUUAAAAAUGUAUUACUAACUAGCCAAUGGAUUAAAGAUAAACUGUGGAGGGGAUCAAGUCCUGGUUACUGAGCCCGUGUUAUGUGAAUAAAGCAUUGUUAUUAACCUGCUGAUUUGGAUACACUGUGAUCAUAAGCAGUGGUUAGUUUAAAAUGGAAAUGGGUUUGCUUUCCUUGCAAAGAUGAAAGUGGAGAGAACAGUAAAUGAAUUGGUGUUACAUGCGACGGGUUCAAAUUGUUUAACAAAUUAUUCUUUUUUGCCGCUUCAUUCUGCUGUCUUCAAUGUUUUGAGUGAAUACUGUAGUAGCUUUCUGAUUGCAUGCCAAAGUAAUGGUUUUAAUUUAUAACACCCUAUAUGGCUUGACACCUAAGUAACUUUGGGACUGCCUCCUUCAAGCAGGUGAGACCUGUCUGUCCCAGGAGAAACUGCUAAUACUGUUAAUACUGCUCCCCAACACCACUUUGAGAGGGGAGGGGAACUGAGGCCCAGAGGUGUUGUUUCUCUAUGA